CAGCUGUCGACAGGGUAGGAUGAAGGCCCUCGCCCUGCUGCUGGCUCUGGCCACAGUGCCGAGAGCCCUGGCUUGUGGGUUCACGUACACGCAUAGCGGCGGCCUGGCACCCCACUCGCAUGGUCGCCGGCUCCACCAGGUGCCGUCCAAUUUUGUCAGCGGCGACACCCAAAACUUCGAGGCUGACGUUGACGACUUCGAGGACAACUCUUGCGACUGGAAUCACGUCGAGGCAGGCAGGGACUGGCCCGCCCUGGACGGCCGCUGCGAGUGGUCGUGCGCAGGCGACAGCCAGAGCCCCAUCAACGUCCCCAGCGAGGCGGAUGCUGAGCUGGACGACACCCACACGGCAAACCUGGAGUUUGGCACGGCAACCGACAUGCGCGUCCUCAACUUGGGCCACGCGAUCCAAGUGGAGUUUUCUGCCCCCACCAAUGGCAACGCCUCGGUGGUGGUUGCUGGCGACUCCAUUUACACUCUGUACAACUCCUCUGACCCCAACUCCGACACGGUCACGCGCUUCAGCGUGGAGCCGCUGCAAUUCCACUUCCACGCCACCUCUGAACACAUGGUGGACCGGCGCAGCACCCUGCUGGAGCUGCACCUCGUGACCAAGCUGGUGGCCACACCUGGCGCCACACUGCCACAGGAGUGCCCCGAGGGCUCCGAUGAGCUCUGCCUGGCCGUCUUUGGCGUGCUGUACGACCUUGAGCCUGGCGCCUACCCCACUACCGGCGACCCCACCGUUCAAAAAAUAAUCGACAACCUACCCACCUGCAAAGAGGCAGGCCCGGAAUGUGUAAAGACUGUGCCCGGCUGGGAGCUGGACCUGUCUUCCUUCUUCCCCGACACCACCUACCGUGCCUAUACUGGCUCCCUCACCACCCCGCCUUGCUCCGAGGGCGUGAUGUGGCAUGUCUUCCCCAAGGUGCAGGCCGUGCUGUCAGAGCAGCAGGCCAUCGAUCUGCAGCUGGCACUGUCCACUGCCUCAGUCCACGGCGAUCAUGUCUCCAACCGCCUGAACAACCGCGUGCUGACGCCCCGCUAUGACCGCAACGUGUUUGCCUCCUCAUGAGGAGCAGCAUGAGGAGCAGACCAUUCUACUGCCGCUGCUCUCCUCUCUUCCCAGUGCCAGCCUGAGGCACUGCUAUUGGCAUGAGUGGCGAGAUGCACUCCGUCUGCUUUUGUUCUCGUGAGUUCGUGAUCUCUUCAAUGACGACUGGCUGCC